AUGAUCGAGAAGACACCUAGAUUGCUACAUCACAAUAUGGAUAUUGUGUAUCGGGAGGUGUCCCAAACAGUGAUUUCAUGGAUGGAAUCAGCAUUUCGACUUAUUUCACACACUUUUUUAGCUACCUUUUCAAUUUUGUUCUACUUUAUGUGGUAUCUAAAAAUAAUUAUCAAAUCAAAAGCGUACAUUACUCAUAUGAUUUGGGUGGAAAUUUUGCUAAAUGUAUGUCAGCAUUUCUCUGUGGAAUAUGUGCUUAUGACGGAUGAUCAGUCAGCGGUCUACGUUUUCAAACUGGUGUGCAUCCUAUUCAUGAGCAUCCAAAUGUGGACUGUUAACACUAUCAGAUACACUAUGACUUUUCUGAUGGCUGUAAACAGAUUCAUUUGUAUGGUUAAUCCAAAGUUUCAUAAAUUUUUUCAACCGGAUACCAUCACUUUCUUUGGAAUCGGAAUUUGGAUGUUGUCGUUUCUUGGAUCCUGGUAUCUUCUUCUUCUCGGAUGCUUUCCUCAUUUCAACACGGACACUUUUGUGUUGAAUACCGACUGUGAAUAUUUUCAAUGGCCAGACUUUGUCUACAAAUCUCACUAUCUUCUGGUUCUGACUUUGAUCAUGAACAUUCUGAAGGUUGUGUAUGCGAAACUUCGACGCUGUGGAUUUUUCAAAGUUGCCGUCGCUCGGGUGUCUGUCGUCGCAGCCAAUCGUCGUUCUCGCCUGCAAACAUACUUCGUAAUCCAAUCUUUCAUUAUAUUCCUUGUAAUGAUCUACGACGCUGCUUACACUUCUUUCAGGAGGUCUUUUGAGCCGCAAUUCAAGUUUCUCCCCAAAAACGUCCAAAUCUUACUCGGAUGGUUUAACAUCUACUCAUCCAACUACAUAAACUUUUUAAUAUAUUUUGUUUUUCAUAAAGCCAAUCGCCACCUCGUCUUUCGUGCCAUUUUCUGUGACCCGAAAUGGUUGAAACCGAAGAAAAUCCGCCCCACCUGA